UUCGUAUUCUUCGUUAUAGAUAGGUUCAUACGUCAGGACUAACUAGAACCUGAGUAUAGACGCUCAAACUACUCGUACACCCAACCUUUCCCUUUACCUGUCGGAAUCCUCCUCACUAUCCAUUCCAAGACAACUCCGAUGCAGUCAGACACGGGGCUAAUCUGAGACCCUCUCGUCAUUCGUCCCACGAUUCGCCCAACAUUCCUUACGUUUGAAUAGCGUUCAGCUAUUAUUUUCUGCCUUGUAUUCUCCACUGUCGCUUCCCCAAGCCUGGAUUCGUCUACGCUCUCAGCGGGGUCUGGAGCCCAGUUCCACGACGCCUUCGAUACAAUGGAUCAAGAUCGCAUCGCCUCACCCCUUCCCCACGAUAUCCCUGAUGAUACUCUUGGUGGAUUCGACGGACCUAUGCAUAUCGCUGGUGAGCCGGGACUUCACGAGCCUCACCAUCGACAGUCGCGAUCCCUCGACCAAGGCUUAGCCAAUAGUGCGCAUGCCGACGACCUCGAUCCUCGUGCUAUCGACCCUAGCACUGUCGACCAUAACGCCCAGUAUGAAGCUCAUUCUUAUGAGCCCCCCGCGCAGUCCAUGUCCAGACCUGCAUCGUCAUCUGGCACUGGUGAUAGGCAGCUCAACGGCGAGGCUUCUCGAGAAGGUAACGGCGCGGAUCGGAAUACCCGAAACCAUGUCGUGAUCAAGGUCGGCAUGGUUGGAGAUGCGCAGAUUGGGAAGACAUCUCUGAUGGUAAAAUACGUUGAAGGCAGCUGGGACGAAGACUACAUCCAGACGUUGGGUGUCAAUUUCAUGGAGAAGACAAUCAGCAUACGAAACACCGAGAUUACGUUCAGCAUAUGGGAUCUAGGUGGCCAGAGAGAAUUCGUCAACAUGCUUCCCCUAGUUUGUAACGACGCCGUGGCUAUACUUUUCAUGUUCGACUUAACGCGCAAGAGUACGCUUAAUAGUAUCAAGGAGUGGUAUCGCCAGGGACGAGGCUUCAACAAGACGGCAAUUCCUAUUUUGGUAGGGACGAAAUAUGACCACUUCGUCAACUUCCCGAGGGAGGACCAGGAGGAGAUCUCCAACCAGGCCAAACGAUUUGCCAAGGCGAUGCGAGCUGCUCUUAUCUUUAGUAGUACCAGCCAUAGCAUCAAUGUCCAGAAGAUCUUCAAGAUUGUCUUAUCAAAGGCCUUCGACCUCAAAUGCACAAUACCCGAGAUCGAAAAUGUCGGCGAGCCUCUCUUACUCUACCAGUCCGUCUAGUCUUGGACCCGGCGUACACUUUGGAGCGCUUAUUGGAAGUCGCCCUACAUG